AUGGCCGGCUCCCUCGCCCUUCUUGCCUCCAUCGUCGGGCUUCUCGGGCUUAAAGAGACUCUGCCAUCCGCAGUUCGGCGAAAUACUAGUAAAACUCACGCGGCCGACCAAGGCACUGAAACCGAGCCUCUGCUCUCCGAAUCGACGUCUGUCGGGGCUAUUGAAAGUGCAGAGAUACCUCCUCUUCAUGCGCUUUUUGUGCGUCCGGUCCUAAUCUCGUUGACGACACACGGCUUCCUCUGCUUCUGCCAAAUGUCAUAUGAGGUCCUUGUCCCACUUGUUUAUGCAACGCCCAUUGCGAAUGGUGGCCUAGGCUUGAGCCCACUCUACAUCGGUCGGAUCUACGGGGCUGUUGGACUUGUGAACACCUUCACACAAAUCUUCCUUUCGGCGCGUUUAAUACGCUAUUUUGGUCCCCGCACAAUCUACAUCACAGCUUUCUGUGUGUUGACGCUCUCGUUUCUUGCCUACCCACUGCUCAACUAUUUCGCGCGGGCGGCUGGCCAUGUCGACGGCCGCGUCAUUGCCGUCAUGGUUUUCCAGAUGUCCAGCGCCUUCGUGGUCUUUCCUACUUUUGCCUGCACGCAGAUGUUCAUUGUCGACUCAGCGCCUAUGCCAAAUAGUCUCGGCGGGGUCAACGGGCUCGCACAGAUGGUCGCCUCGACCUGCAGGAGCGUCGCGCCGACCAUAUCUGCAUCGCUGUUUUCUCUUUCCGUCCGACAUGGGCUUCUGGGGGGCAAUUUGGUGUUCUUUAUAUUGGCGGGGAUGGCGCUCUGUGCGGUCCGCGCAGCGCAGAUGUUACCCUCACGACUCAAAACGGGGUAA